AUGGCGUUCUCCGGCAGGAUCAAGGAGCUCGUGAGGAAGUACGGCAAGGUGGCCGUGGGCGUCCACCUAUCCGUCUCCUGCGCCUCCAUCGCCGGCCUCUACGUCGCCAUCAACAACAACGUCGACGUCGAAGCCGUCUUCCGGAGGUUCGGCAUGUCCCCUGGCGUCACCGUUGACGGCGAGGCCUCGCCCGCCCCUGCCUCCCGCGACGGCCCCCUGCCGCCCAGGCCCAGCGAGGUCCUGCAAGAAGAGACGGAGCGGGAGCGGCAGCCCCGCAACAGGACGAUGGAGCUCGUGGCGUCGAGUGGCGGCGCGCUCGGGCUCGCGCUCCUCUGCAACAAGGCACUGUUCCCCGUGAGGGUCCCCAUCACCAUCGCGCUCACGCCGCCCGUCGCCAGGGCCCUCAGCCGCUGGAGGCUCGUCAAGAGCUGA